CGCGAUGAUUGGCUGCAGCCAGAACCCAGCAUCAUGAAAUUCUGCUGACAGACCCUCAUGUAGCCCAGAGAGGAGGGAAGUCACAACUAGAUAUCAUCCCUCACAAACUGAAGAGUUUUUCGAGCUAUCACGGAUUAUCCGCAGUUUGUUGCGAAGAAAUAGUUGUCGGGAUUCCUGCUCUGCAACUGUCGCUGACAAGCCAUGCUGUGUUUAGGAGACUCUGCAGACUGCCUCCGGGACCAGAUGCAGUGCAUGAUGAGAUCCCUGCAGGACCUGAAGCAGAUCAACAGGCCCAGGCCGCUGAGUGACCCCUGCGUCCGCUCCUUUGCCGUCACAAGGCACUGCAAACAGAAGGCACAGCAAGAGCGACUCACCCGUCUACGAGUUUCUGAUGCCAGUGAAGCCAGCACGUACGACUCUGCGUGCUGUCUGGCCAGCCCUUUGGAGGAAGAGGAAGAGGAGGAGGAGGAGCACGAGAGGCUGGCUCAAGGAUCCCCCAGUAGUGAGAAAAGUCUUGACGUGGACUCUGGUUACUCUGAGGCUUCGUGGCAUGAUGAAGGUGUGGUGCUAAGGAGGACCAGAAAUGUGCGUGUUUCUUCUUCCGCAUGUCUCCGCACAAACAGAGGACCUUCUGGUAGAAUCAGACCCAAAUCAACAUCGGACGCUUGCCUGGAACGCUGGACCUCGUUUGAGGCAAGUGAUCAAGAGGACUGGACCACGUCUCUGCUGAGCCGCAGCAGGAACAGACAGCCUCUGGUUCUGGGGGACAACAGCUUUGCAGACCUCAUAAAGAACUGGAUGGACCUACCAGAGUGUCCAGAGCCAGCAGAACUGAAGCCCAGUGCGGGCCGGCGUCUGGCAAAAGACAUUUUAAUCAACAUGAGGCGUAGACUGGCAGGGGUGUCUAAAGGUGUGGAGGUCAGGAUGAGGCCCACAGAUCCCACGAGGGCCAGCAGGGCUGCAGAGGCUUCUAAGCGGAUGUCCUGCCCUGUGGGACUCCAGGCUCUCAAACCUUUCUUUCAUCAGUCUCAUACGGGACUGCAUCAGCUGGACACUGACUUCUACCAGUUCACUGCUCUGAUGAAGACCGGCAGCAGACAGCCAAUCAUAUGCAACGACAUCAUUGGAUACAUUUAAAUAAAGCUGCAACAACAGACUGAAAAUAAAACACUUAUUAUUAUAAGAUGUUACUAUUCACAUAAUUUUGUAAUAAUGUUGAUAAAGCUGGAAUAAACAUGU